AUGAGGGAUAGAAGCAAUCCAUAUCCGCUACUUAAAAAGAGAUGCGUGAAGGUGGCUGGCACAGGGAAGUUGGGGAUUGGUAUUGGGAUAAAGGGCAUGGAGCCUUCUGUUGGAGCUCAGGGUAAGCCUACACCAUCCACUAGAGAAGUCAAAGGGAGAAGCGGUGCUGUAGAUGGAACAAAGGAUGAAAAGGUAGCUGGUCACUGCAUACGGGGAUGCAGCCGUCGGGUUGCACCAAGGGAGUAUGAUGGAUUUCCAAUGGAUGCCUUUCUUGCAUCUAUAUUUGGACAAGAGAAGGGGUCGAGACUUAACUUCGGCCUCAUCAACUCUGUGAUACUCCGGUUUCUCGACCACAAGAGUAUUCAGUCUAUUUUGCCUAUAGAAUCAAUAUUCAGACUUGCCAAAGGGCUGCCUCUGACCCUAAUUUCGGGAUAUAUUUAUCUUGAGAAGUAUGUCAAAAGGGUCAGGAUUGUGUUUGGCGACUGCAAAAAACUAAUCAAGUUUUUUCUUGUAUGCUGUUUUAUGGGGUCGAAGUUUAUUUAUGACACUCAGUCCCCAGACGAUCUGCUUCUCAGGGAGAUGGAUGUCACAGCCAGGGAAGCUUUUUACAUUGAAAGCUUGGUGCUAUCUGUUAUAGACUAUGACGUCGAGAUAUCUAAUAGUGACAUCAGGAAGGUUAUCCUCCGGAAUAGGAUCUUUCUAGGAGACAAAAGGCGUCUUAAUGUGCAGUUCGAUGAGGCCAUUGGAAGGUGCUAA